AUGACAAAAGAAAUGGUCGGAGGAUGCUGCGUUUGUGCAGACGAUAAUGGCUGGGUAGACAAUCCACUGAUUUACUGUGACGGAGAGAAUUGUGAAGUCGCUGUACAUCAAGGAUGUUACGGAAUUCAAGAAGUGCCCGAAGGCGAAUGGUUUUGUGCGAAAUGUACGAAAGCGGCGGGGAUGUUGCCAGGAAGUAUAAACGACGAAACGUUUUGUUGUCAAUUGUGUCCGUUUGAUCAUGGCGCAUUGAAAAGGACGGAUCGAAAAGAUGGAUGGGCUCAUGUGAUAUGUGCAUUGUAUAUCCCAGAAGUCAGAUUUGGAAAUGUUCAUAGUAUGGAACCAGUGAUAUUGUCCGAUGUGCCUCUUGAUAAAUUCCAAAAAGUCUGCUACAUUUGUAAAGAAGCCGAUCGACCUAAUGAUGCUAAAAAAGGGGCAUGUAUGACAUGUAAUAUUCACAAAUGCAAGAAAAGCUUCCACGUCACAUGUGCACAACGACAAGGACUGCUGUGUGAAGAGGGAGCCGUUAGUAGGAAUGUGAAGUAUUGUGGAUAUUGUGAACCCCAUUUGGCGAUAGCGGUAAGUCUUCUUCUUCUUCAUUUUUAUCCGCCGCCGGGGCCCUACCGCCGUCCCCUUCUGUUAAGAGAAUCCAGGGAAACAACGAUCAGAUGGGGAGAAGAAAAAGGGGUGGAGAAGAGGGAUGGAUGGUCACAUACAUAUUAUAAUAAGAAUUCUGGAAACUACAAAAAACCAUUUUUUGUCAAAAAAUGCCAAGACGAUCCUGCGAUCAAGAUCAUCCCAGCGUGCCCACCGAUCCUUCAAAAGCUCAAAGCUCCGGAAAAGCAUAAGAAGAACGCGCCCACCCCGACGGUUCUUCUCACACCACCACCUCCUCUUCCCCCGGUGCCAAAGGUGACACCUAUGCUCGCCGAUCCCCUACCAAUUCGGCCGCCACCAAAUCAAGUGAACGGAAUUAGUUCAACAGUAGAAGAGAGGACUUCUGGAAUCUUCGCUCCACCAACUACUUUCUCACCCCCUCUGACAACGUCCAGUAGGUCGUCAGUUGCGCCGGAUCCAAUAGUGGAAAAGCCCAAAAAUAGUUUUUCAUCGGGACCGUUGAUUCCAUCGACGGUACAAUCCACUGCUACCACGUCUUCUGAAAAAGCAGCAAUGGCAAACGGAAGUACGCUUCCAUCAUCGUCAGCCGAAACCACUGUUGGUAGUCAUUGUUUGCAACAGUUGCAUAUUCAGUCAGCAGCUGCAGCCGCUGGAAUCGCACCACAAAACGAUCUGAAUGGUUAUCCAGGACCCAGGGAACUUUCUAGUUUUAUGCACGAAAUACCGGCUCGAAACACGACAAGUGUCGCCAGUUUACUUCCACCAAAUGCUGCAGACUUCCAUUUGAAUGGAAGUGGAGAUGAGGAAAAGACAGUGAAAGCAGUGCUGACGGCUCCACUCGCCAAAGCGAAACGAAUGCGGGAUUCGAAGAAUGAUCAUCUCGUUGAUAAGACGAAUAAAAGGCCCCGUGCGAACGGUGGAACGGUUGGUAAAUCGGCAAGCAUGCAGCGACUAAUGAACCUCGUGCAACCAGUUGUAUCAGAAGUCGUCACGGAUUUCCAGAGAGACCGAGUAGCUGAUAGGACAGCGGCAGAGCGGAGAGCAGCAGUGGCACAAUCGCAACCAUCAACAUCGACGAAUGGAGUUGUUACAGCACCACCAGUACCAAAUCCAGUGGAGCCAAUGUUGAAUCUGACGAUACCACCUCCAACUCAUCAGAGCAAUGGUGUCGCACCUCCGAACAUCCCUCCGUCCCAGAUUCCAGGACCUAGUACAAGUAAUGAAGCUCCUGUGAAUGGAGUCUCUCCAUCACAACUGCCUCAUCGCUUAAAUACUACUCCGUCGUUCAUGGAACAGCUUCUGGAGAGGCAAUGGGAUCAAGGAUCGACGCUGUUCAUUUCGAAUGCGUCAUUCGAUGUGGCACAACUCAUGAGUUGUCUCUUCCAGCUGAAAUCUGAAAAUAAUCGUCUGGAAGAGAAUCUAAGUGUUCUUCGAAAGCGACGAGAUCAUUUAUUCGCGCUGAAUGCACGGCUAGCAGAAGUGAAUACGUUGGAUUUGGCGAGAAAACGAGAAGCAUCGCUUCCUGAUCUUCCGUUGGUUCCCAAAACCGAAAUUCACAAACAGGAGCACGUUCCAACCAGUGUCCCACUUCCAGCCAAUCACAGCAGUGUUUUGUUUGAAGAUGCCAAGCCACCAAAGUCACACAAGAAGGCCACCGUUCAUCAAACUCCAAUUGCUCAUCCAGUUCCAUUGACCACUUCGGCCGUUCUUCCAUCAAGCACCCCAAGUGCGAUGUCGAGUGCGAAUAUUCAAAGCGCUAGAGCUACACCAUCAACUGCUGGAGUUCCAUUGGCAGCGAACCCGAUCAUGACUGCCGUCACAGCAGCCAAUGAACUGGCCGCAUUGAGCCCGGAUCGUGUUGCCAAUCAUACUCAAGCGAUCUUGAGUAUGUCCCGCUUCAUGCAGCCCGGAAUGGACGCCAACGUUGCUGCCCAACUCCAGAUGCUCAGCACGUUACAACAAGGCAUGAACCAAUCGAACCUCUUCUCGAGAAUGCUCACCAAUCCAACGAUGGCUGGGCUCGCGAGCAUGCUCAACGGAGGACUCCAACAGAACGCUGUCGUUGCUCAGCAACAACAACAUCCACUUCCGACGAUACCAUCCACAUCUGCAACUCCAAAUGGAAAGUAG